GGCAGGCGGAAGUGGCUGCCAGCCGACUGACCAGGCACCAUGGCUGCCUCUGCCGCAUUGAGGCGGCUGGAUCUGCGGGACUCCGCGGCGCUUUUCGAGACGCAUGGGGCUGAGGAAAUCCGCGGGCUAGAGCGCCAGGUUCGGGCCGAGAUCGAGCGCAAGAAGGAGGAGCUGCGACAGAUGGUGGGCGAGCGGUACCGCGACCUGAUCGAGGCGGCAGACACCAUCAGCCAGAUGUGCCGCUGCGCCGAGGGGCUGGUGGACGCGGUGCGGGCCACCGACCGGUACUGCGCCCGCCUGCGCCAGGCCGGCUUGGCCGCGGCCCGGACCCCGCGGGCCCAGCAGCAGUAGCAACAGAUCCUGGAGAUCUACAGUAGGACUGCCGAGAUCGAACUGCUAUUAGAGAUUCCUGAAAUGAUCUGGAGCUCGACGGAAGCCCCAGGUCUCCGUGCCAGGCUGCCCUACCUGCUCUGCUGCCCUCUUCACAGCUUGCUCCAGCUGGAUUCUCUCGGUUCUCUCCCGAUUUCCUGUGCUGGUCCAGCAGGUGGCAGCAGCCAGCCACUUCGGGUAAGUAGAUGCCACACACCGAAAGCUCUGGUGGUGGCCAGGCUGCCCUUCUGUGGACUCUUCGUGAUGUACCCAGGCUCUUCACCCAAGAUGUUAAAAAUUCCCUGUUGACCUUUGUUGUCCUCUUUCUGGGUCAACCAUCCUGCACGAAAGCAGAAUUCUGCACAAAAGCCACGUUGUCUGACCAAGCAGUGGCAGAGGCCGUCUGCUGCCUGAUGCUUUCAGAAGAGAGUCCCCACACCAAGCCCGCACAGACUUCCUGAUGGCCAGGAAAACAGCCGUUUAGACGCUUCUCAACCAGCUGAACCAUGGCUCUGGCAUCGAGGCCCAGUUUUGCCCAUUAGUGGAACUGACUGCUGGCCAC